UUCUUUUUUGAUUCCUUUUAGAACAAGAACAAAAUGCUGAUUGUUCUGACUGAUGCGCACAAGGAGCACCUGAGCUUCCUUACGACUGUCGAUGCGAGUGUGGUCGCCGAGUUUGCCAAUCUCGCCGUCGAGUUUGUCCGUGUCGGCAUCAACCCAAAGCUCUACAACGCCGCCGCUCAAAAGCUGGGCAUUGCGCCAGACGCAAUCAGGAACGCCGUCGAGGGUCUGAUGUACCUGCUUGUCGAGAGCGCAAAGCUCAUGACGACCGAGAUUGACUUUCACGACUCCAUCUUGACACUCGGCUUUAGCGAAGAGCUGCGCCAGCAACUGCUGCAGCUCUAUCUCGACAACAGGAAGGAAAUCCGGCUCAUCCUCUCCGAAAUGACCAUCAACGUGCCUUCCUACCACAACUUGGAAUGGCGGCUCGACGUCCAACUCGCAUCACGCUCUCUCCGCCGCCAGACCGACCCUAUCGUGCUGCUCAAGCUCGAGACAAGAACUCAAGAGGUACAACAGCAAUUCCUUCAAACAGAUCCUGCAGGCUUGGUGCAUUUGACAUCGGUGCUGGAUGCAGCGCUGUCCGAGCUCAAGUCGGCACACACGCGACGCAUUCUGCGCAACAUCAAGUAAUCGCGCGUUUGUUGAUCCCAUUCCAAAUUUUCAUUCGAUCCAUGUUGGUUGUUGAUGGUAGAUGUUUGCGUGAGUCUGUGUGCGUGUGUGUGUUGUGUGUGUGUCUCUUUUCGAGAAGCAUUGUGAGAUAUGAAAUAUCAAUGUGCUUUGUUCAUAUUGGUGUUUAUUAAUAUUCUAAUACGUUGUCGCAC